AUAGCGUUAAAUCUGUUGUAGAUAGCAGAUAUCCUACACUCUCACGGCUCCCCAAUCACCUUGUCCCAAAAUCGCUACCGGGUUCAUCGACUCUCCUUCACCUUGCAGACUCUAUUGUUCCAUGAACCCAGAACUCAACAAGAUCUUCAAUGAUGGAAUGGGAUAUACGGCCAAGAUCACGAUGAAAGCGAUCAUGACAGGAUACAAAGAUGGGUUUUGUAGCGUCAGAUCGAUGGUUGAUGGGGGAGGUGGGACGGAGGUAGCCAUGGGUGAGAUCGUAAAGGUGUAUCCUCAUAUUAAGGGGAUCAACUUUGAUCUGCCACAUGUCAUCGCUACAGCGCCGGAGUACGGUGGAGUUUCUCAUGUUGGGGGUGACAUGUUUAAGGCAAUUCCUAGUGCUGAUGCUGCCUUCAUGAAGUGGAUAAUGCAUGAUUGGAACGACGAAGAUUGUGUUAAAAUCUUGAAAGAUUGUCGGAAAGCAAUACCUAAGAAAACUGGAAAGAUGAUUAUCAUUGACGUAGUUCUAAAUCCGGAAGGUGAUGGCAUGUUUGACGAUACAUGAUUGUUGUUCGAUCUGCUAAUGAUUGCUCACCGUUCGGGUGGAAAAGAGAGGAUUGAGCUUGAAUGGAAGAAAGUAUUGGAGGAAGGAGGUUUUCCGUGCUAUAAUAUUAUCAAAAUUGCAGCUUUUCCCUCUAUAAUUGAGGAAAAAUGCUUCGGACCCCUACUGGGGGUCGACCCCCAGUGAGGUGGCGCGCCGUGAUUAGACAAAAAAAAAACUGUUUUAUUUAUUUAUUUAUUUAUUUUGAG